GAAAUAUUCUUUUUAUUCUUUUCUUAAUUAGUAUAAGAAAAUAUUAUAUAUAUACUUUGUAUAUAACUAUGCAAAAUAUAGCAAUCAUGCUAAAAAAGACAUAAGCAUGCAGAUGAUUCCGAACGAAUCACGAAUUCUUAGGCUUUAUGAAUUAUAUAUUUUUUUUCAUGAAUAUAUCAUGAAGAUGUGAUGUGUGAGGUAGAUGCGUCUGAGAGUUGAAUCUGUCUAGGGCGUGGUAUUGGCAGUAAUAUUCAGAAUAUGAAAAGAUGAACAUUAAAGCAUUUCAACGAAAUAAUCAUAAAAAAAAAAAAAUUCAACUUAUUACCGAAAUUGAGGGUCGACGUCUGUUCUUUAAAGAUGAGGUCAGGAGAAUUGAUUAUAUACUUGCUUGGUCAGGUAGCGAUACGGAUGAAGAUGCCAAAAUAAGAGAAUGUUUUGAGAAUAAUCUAAGGGAAGAAGGAUUGGAAUUAGAAUGCGACGUUCGGGGUGAAAUGCACUAUGUAAAAGUCCACGCAACUUGGGAAGUGUUGACAAGGUAUGCGGAAAUAAUGCAAUUAAGAUUACCUAUGAGAGAGGUUCCAGAAGAUAACAAUACUCACAAUUUUUUGGAUCGAGUUAAGAAUGACUUAUAUAAUUGGUUAAAAAAACCGUUCAGACUGAACGAAACUCUUGUACCAAUUAUACCUAAAAAGUUUACAUGCGUUUUUCAAAGGGAUAAAGAAUACUUAUUUGAAAUUCCUGCGAAGAAGGAAUUAUUUUUUUCCCAUGCGCAAAGAUCAAGAAUAGUCGAGUAUAUUCUUCGGAGAAAGCGUUACGUAUCCGAUGCUGAAGAGGAUGCAUACCAUUUCGGUAUAACUAGACUUUUAUCUAAAAAAGUCUAUUUAGCCGCAUACCCAUUACAUGAGGGCAGUUGGAAACCGUGGACAAAACCUAGUAUGAGAAAACUUCUCUACGAACAUUGGGCAUAUUGGAAAAAUUUUUACAAAGAGCAACCUCUUGAUUAUGUUCGAAUAUACUUUGGUGAAAAGAUUGCAUUAUAUUUCUGUUGGCUAGGAUUUUACACCUUUAUGUUAAUUCCUGCUUCUGUUGUUGGAAUAUUUGUCUUUGUUUACGGAGUGGCUACUGUUGAAAAUAGUGAAAUUGCAAACGAAGCUUGCAAUAGGAGUAAUAAAUUUUAUAUGUGCCCCGAUUGCACAAAACGUUGUGGAUAUUGGGAUUUAGCUGAUAAAUGUAUGGCAUUUAAAGCUGCCCAUAUGUUUGAUAACUUUGGUACAGUUCUAUUUGCAGUCUUCAUGGCCUUAUGGGGUACUAUAUUUCUUGAACUAUGGAAACGCCGACAAGCCGAGAUACAAUAUAAAUGGAACUUAAUGAGUUUAAUUAAUGAAGAAGAACCGCCAAGACCAGAAUAUGUUGAAAGAGUUCAAUCUAGAAGAACCACAAAAUAUAAUUCUAUCACUGGCACUAGAGAACCUUAUAUACCCUUUAGAAAUCGUUUGCCAGUGUAUGCUUGUUCUGCUUCUUUAAUGAUGUUUAUGAUUUUGGUUGCAAUUUGUGCCAUUGUUGCUAUUAUUGUUUACAGAACUUCUAUUAUGACAAAACUAUUGUUAGAGGAUCACUAUUUCUUUUUCUAUAAAUAUGCUACUAUUAUUGCAUCUAUAACAGCAGCCACCCUGAAUUUGAUAGUCAUAUUUCUACUGAAAUUUGUAUAUGAAAAAGCUGCUGUUUGGCUAACUGAUUGGGAAUGCUUCAGAACUCAAAGUGAAUUCGAGACUAGUCUAAUAUUGAAAUUAUAUGUUCUACAAUUUGUCAAUUACUAUUCUGCUUUAUUCUACAUAGCAUUCUUUAAAGGACGAUUUGCUGGAAGACCAGGGGAUUAUAAUUAUAUUUUAGGAGCAAGACAAGAGGAAUGUGAUGCUACUGGAUGUUUAAUUGAACUUUGUAUUCAAUUAGGCGUUGUUUUCAUCGGAAAGCAACUUUUAUAUAAUGUUGUUGAAAUUUUAUUACCUCGGGCCAAUAAACUCUUUCGGACAUGCUAUAUGAAAUUCUCCGAACAACAAACCUUAACAGACGAAGAGAGGCGUAAUAGGAAACCUUGGGAGAAAGAUUUUGUCUUAGAACCUUUUGGAACUUUUGGACUAUUCAAUGAAUAUAUGGAAAUAUUGAUACAAUUUGGAUUCGUUACACUUUUUGUGGCUGCAUUUCCACUGGCUCCCCUCUUUGCUUUAAUUAAUAAUGUUAUCGAGAUCCGAUCCGAUGCGAACAAAUUUGUAACAGUUAUCAGAAGACCUAAAGCAGCACAAUCGAAGGAUAUAGGAAUGUGGUAUAAUGUAUUAUAUAUUAUAUCAAGGAUAUCUUGCGUUACUAACGCUUUUAUUAUUGCUUUUACAUCUGGAUUUAUCGAUAGAUUGGUCUAUUCAAUUGCUGUUAGCAAAGAUGGAACGUUAAAAGGUUUUAUCAAUCAUACGUUGGCUCAUUUUGACGUAUCCAAUUUUACUGAAGAAGAUAGACCAUCGAAUAAUAAUUCACAAUUUAAAAAUAUUACCUGGUGCAGAUAUAAAGCAUAUAGACAAGCACCUUGGUCCAGUUCUCCUUAUAGUUAUUCUCUUUCCUAUUGGCAUGUUCUAGCCGCUCAAUUCGUGUUUAUUGUAAUAUUUGAGAAUAUGGCGGUACUUAUUACAAGUUUAAUAGCUUACUUCAUCCCCGAUAUGCCGUCCAGGGUUAAAGACAUGUAUAGGAGGGAAGCUUUCCUAUAUAAUGAUAUUGUUAUGAAAACUGAAUUGGCUAUUGCUAAAGGAGAUAUCGCACCUUUAACUGACGAUAUGAUACAAGGUAUCAGGAGAAGGACAACAAUCAUGUCUAAAUUUCUUCCUUCAAGGAGUUUAGAUGAAACUGGUAGAUUGAGUGCUACGGAUAGUGAUAAAGAUGUUACUUAUACGCCGUUGCGAAAGAAGAAACACAAGUUUGAAAAGCAGAUGUCGGAAAGUGUUCAAGUUCAAGUGACAUCCACAGAUAAUGAUACUACAGUAAAGGCCUAG